GGCAUGUGCUUGGGGGCCGCCCAUUUCUACAAUUUAUCUUCUUAAAUUGUGAUGUUAAACCUAACCCUAAAAACACAGCUAAAUGUAUGGCUAACCCUAACCUUAAACAAAGACCAAAGCUAAUUUUUGUUUUCUUACAUUUUUACGAUAUAGCCGUUUGUAAUUUGCGGCUGUGGUAACUAGUGGAAACCAAUGUAAACACUAGCUAGCUGCUACUUUGAAUACAGACAACAAACAUUACACCAUUUGUGGCACUGGGAUGAGAGAUUGAACGUUUCCGGCUAGCAGAUUGACAACGGUGUACUCCCUGGGUACUGGUGUAAUCUGGAAGCUACGUGCCAGUUUCCCAGCUUGUUGAACUCACUGGGAGGCAAGGCAACUGUGAAGUUUGGAAGGGAAGUGGGGUUUAUUUUCCAGUGUUGAGCUGAUGCUGUUGUAGCUAUGUCAGAAGCCAUCCUCACCUUCCAAUACCAACUCAGUGGCGUUAUGGAAACAGUCCUCAAAACCGCCGUGCAUGAGAUCACUCGGCUGGUGAAGGAAGGCUUCCUGGAGGAGGUGACACGGAGCAAACAGGAAGCGGACGUCUUGAGGAAGAAGCUGCAGCAGUGGGAGCAGAAAUGGAGGGACAGCGAGGAGGAGAGGAAGAGGAGGGAAGUUGAAGAGAAAGAGCAAAGAAAGAAGAGGGAAGCGAGAGAGCAGAUGGGGAUCUGUGUGAGUUGCAGUUGUGCUGGAGACACUGAGAAAGGAGAGGCUCUGUCAGGAGCAGAGGAGGGUUGUGUUAUCAAACAGGAGGAGAUGUUCCAGUCAGAGGGACCCAACACUCUCCCAGAGAGAGAGGGUCCACAGGAAACGAACAUGUCCAGCUCUUCCUGUGUCUCUGAAAGGAUGGAAGAGAGGGAAGCCCAUGUGGUCCACAUCAAACAGGAGCCCGAUGACUGGGGGGAUCUAGUAUCCCAGAUGGUCACAUCCACAGAUACUACCAUAAUGAGCCUGAGUCGUCUGCAGAGAUUGAGCUCCCAUGCUGGGGCAUGGACCAGUGAACCUCAACCUCCACUUCCAGCACCAUGGGCCAGAGAGCCUCUACCUCCAGCACCAUGGGCCAGGGAGCCACCACCGCUACCUCCAGAACCAACACCAUGGACUAGGGAGAAGCAGCACCUACUCCCAGGGUCAGGUAUACCCACCCAGGCAACAGAGUGUGCUGUGGGAGCCCUGGAGUCCAGUCCCUAUGGUCUCAGCAACAACACAACGGCACAGCUGGGGGUCAAACCCUACAGCUGCCCACACUGUGAAAAGAGCUUCCCUCAGCUCCGAAACCUGAAAGACCACCAGAAGUACCACCACACAGGGAAAAAGGCCUUCACCUGCUCCCAGUGCGGUAAGGGCUUUGUGUACAUGUGCCACCUCAGGGUACACAUGCAGUGCCACACAGGGGAGAGGCCGUUCAGCUGCUCACAGUGUGGUAAGAGCUUUGUCUACCUGUGCAACCUGAAGUCCCACCAGCAGUAUCACACAGGAGAAAAACCGUACAGCUGCUCUCAAUGUGGGAAGAGCUUCAGCCUUCAGAGUGGCUUGAAGAAACACAGGGUCAUUCACUCAGCAGAGAGGCCUUACCACUGCACGAACUGUGGGAAUAGAUUCUAUUCUAGAGCAGACCUGAAAAGACAUGAACAGAUUCAUGCAGCAAGGUAGAACUUUGAGAUGAAGCUGGUUGAUUUAGUAAAUCUGAGUGAAAAAAUAACAGCACACGUGUACUAUGUUCAAUGUAUUUGUAGUUGCUGAUGCAUUUCAUGUUGAAAGGAAUAAAACCCUUAAUGAAGAAA